CCCGACGUCUCCUGUCCCGUGGUGGUCCCAAUGGCUUGUCCCAACCGUUGUCCCGACGGCUCUCCGUGGCCAUCUCGGCUCCAGCCGCCGCUCCUCUCCGCGGCGCGCCGCCGCGGCCCGCGCCCUCCGAAUGUAGCGUCGGCGGUGCGCUGCCGCCGGGCGCAGCCACGGCGCCGCCCGCUCCGUGCCCCCGAUGCGGCGCUGGCUCGCCGCGCUGCUGCUGCUGCUGCUGCGCGCGCGCGGCGCGGCCGGGCGCGCGCUCCCCGCGGGCGGGGGCCCCCGGCCGGCGGCGGCCCCCGGCCGCCUGAGCGCCUCCGGCCGCCUGAGCGCCUCCGCCCGGCUGGCGGCGCUGGAGGCGCAGCAGGGCGGCCUCGAGCGGCUGCAGCUGCGCCUGUCGCGGCUGUCGGCGCGCAGGGGCUCGCUGGCGGCCGCGCAGGGCGUGCUCGAGGGGCGCGCCGGCGCCCUCGGGCUCCUCGCGCCGCCGGGCGCCGCGGGCCUCUCCGGCGGCCUCGCCUGGCGGGGCGUGCCCCUGCUGCAGGCCGCGCUGGGCCCGGAGGAGGGCCCGAGCUUCAGCAACACGGUGUGCGACGCCACCGACCCCUGGAACCCCUGCGCCCUCGUCGUGGAGUGCUGCGCCGUCCUCUGGGCCGUCGUGUGCCUGGCCGGGCUCCUCGGCAUGGACGACAAGGCCGUCACGCUGGGCUGGGACGACAAGGGUUCGGGGCAGCUCAGCAUGGUGCACCUUGUACUCCUUGCGAUGGUGUGUACUGGCCUAUUCUGCUUCAUGCUGGGGUUUGUGUCGGGGGACGUGUGGGGAUUGUCGGCGGCGGCGUUCUUGAUGACCUUGUCUCUGUUCUGCAUCGUGUUCGUUGGCGACGAUCCCUUCCUCACCAGAGCUCUGAAGGGAAGGGUUGACAGUCUGGGACUCGAGAACAAACAGUUCUCCGACACAGAGAAAGAGCUCAAGGGCAAGAGCAAGGACCUGGAAAAGGUUACGAGCGAUAUCGAAGAUCUCAAACAGAAGCUGGCAGGAGAAGACAUGCAUGGGCUCGAGGACAUGUUGAAGAUCUUGCACACUAUGUUCGCGCUCGAAACGGUAUGCACUUUCGUGCAGGAUUUCUUCCAUUCGGAUUUGGACCAGUCUGGUCACAUCUCGGGCUCAGAGUCCGAGUUGUUCAUGUCAAAGUUUGGCCUGCUCUGGGAAAUGGUCCCAGACAAAAGUAUCCAGGACGACUUCGCCAAGCAUGUGCGCAACAACGGACUCACCCUCUUCGAGCUGACUCUCAUCCUGGACGCCUUGAUCAAAGGGGACCCAGUCGCCUGCAGGGCCGAGCUCGAGAAGCUGAUCUCGGGCGACCAGGCGCCCCCGGCGCGGGCCGGCAGCCCUCCGGAGGCGUCGUGGAGGGACGCGCCCGCGCAGCUGGAGGAGGAGUACGAGGAGUACGGCGCCGCGCCGAGCUCGGGGAGCCUCUCGAAGUCGGCUGCCGCCCCGGAGGACAAGGGCGCUGGCGGUGCCAAGCGCCCGUCGCACAUGCGCUGUUUCCUCCGGUGGGUGUUCAUGCUCACGGCCGUGCUGUCGGGACUCAUCCUUGCCGUUGCUCUCGACGGCGCGAACGUCCCGUGUGCCAUCUGCUCCGGCCUGGCGCUCCUGCUCUCCCUCGGGCUCAACGUCUUCACCGGGCAGCUCGACAAUUUGAUGCAGUUGCGCCGUGAGGUUUACAAACUCCACGAGACGAACUCGAAGCUGAAGAAGAGCGUCGAAGUUGUUGGUGAAGAGGUGAGCAGGCUGCAGACGCUCCAGGUCGGCCUGGCACAACUGCGCUCGAAGUUCGGGGACAACAUCACGGCCGCGCGCGAGGACAUACGUUUGCGGCAGAGCCUUGUGACCACAGCUGUGGGUUCGACGCUGACCGCGAUAUUCAAAGACAUGACAACCAGGAAGAGGAAGGAGCGUAUCGACCCCUACGACAUGCAUGAGUUCGAGUACCUGGUAAAACAGAUGUUCCAAGACAAGCAGGGGUUUAACGUGGACGCUUUGAUGAAGCAGAUAUCGAUGUAUCGAAAUACUGGUAUGGACUCCGAGUCCCUGUUGUACAUCAUCGGGAUUGUAAUGAACAGCGAGCAGCGCUCUCAUGACAUGCGCGCGCGAUGAGGCAAGCCCACUGUUCGUUCGUUGCUCAUCGCCCCGACGCGCCAGCGUAGGGGUAUAAACUUUCCAGGCGCACCAGAUCGCGGAACAAACAUUGAGAUUCCGACGGAUGUCUCGAUGGUUGUCUAGAGGGUUGUCCCGAUGGUUGUCCAGAUGGUUGUCUCGAUGGUUGUUCCAAUUGUUGUCCCGCUGGUUGUCGCGAUGGGUAGAUAGUGAGAUCGGC